AUGUCUUCCGAUGACCUGGAGAUGAAGAUGAUGUGGAUGCAAGCACAUCAAAUGCCUCAACCACCAUCCUCAGAUUUACUUGAUAUGCAAGGCUAUAGGCUUUGUUUCCAGUUCACCAACGAUGGUAGUGGCACUGUUUCCAAAGGUGCUUUUACUGCUUGCAGAGGUGAAUCACGUUUGACAUUCCUGACCAUUUCCGAUCUCAAUCAAACUCUUGCAAGAUACGAUGUCGAUUUGACCCAAGGCCCUGUUUUUGAUGUGCUCCCAGGAACGGCUUGGCUGUCGGGUCCACAUCAGCUCCGAGUGCGGUUUCACAACAACUCAGAUCAUGAGUUGGUGCUCAGCUGUCGAGUUGCUGCUGAUGAUUGGGACUCGUGUGUACUUUGGUCGGUUCGGGAAGGAAUUCCAGAAACCCGACCGGGUUUUUCGGAUCAGGCCGAAUCAAUCAGCUUUUUGAUCUACGCUGCACCGCCUGAGAUUCGAUGGGACUGCUCAAAUCGGACUGUUCCAGACUGUGGUGACGGACACCUGACGGGUUCAGAGGACUGCGACGAUGGGAACUCUGAAGACUUUGAUGGGUGCUCUGCUAAUUGUACUCUUGAAGCUGGCUUCAUAUGUCAAUCACCUGGAUCGCCUUGCAUUGCAACCACAUGUGGCGAUGGGGUUGCAGGAGACUGGCCAACGCUGUGUGAUGCCUUCAGUGAGGGUUGCAAGUCUUGCGUGGUCGAAGCCAGCUACAUAUGCAAGGCAGAUUGCUCGGCCAAUGCGUCUGCUGAUUCCAACGCGGAGCUGGGUGAUUUUCUUUUGAACGGAACUUCGGGCUGUUGCAUACAGGGCCCAGAACCAUCCAACUUUGAUUGUGUGCUGGGUGUCCAAUGUUCCCUCAAGAUCACACGCAUGCCUGCACACAGUUCUCCAGCAGCUUUGAUUUCUCCUGAUGAUGAUGUGGCCUGUGGUGAUCCAUCUAGGGUUGCAGAUUGGACUGGCCCACACCUACGCAAUCCUGCCAAUCCUUUCUAUGUACCUGAAACAUUGACUGCAGUGCCCAGCACAUUGCAAUCCUAUGAAUUUGGUAUUCCACUCACAGGGCACCCCGGAGUAUUCAGACUUUGUUGGGGUUCCGAAUCUGCGGCUGGCAUGGCGAGGCUGCGUGGACAUGGAGCUCGAUCCCUGGAAGCUCAGCAAGUCACGUUUGCCUUCGAAUUGGGCCCAGUGGAGUUGCGCGGCCCACAGCAGCAACAAAGCUUUGAUUGCACCCUUGGCGAGGCAUGCGCUUUGACGUUGGGGGGUUACAAGCUUGGAGAACAGAGUGCGGUCAUAGCCGCUGUUGACAGUUGCGGGCACGGCUUGCGAGUUGCUCCACUCGUCUCCUCGAAGUUGUUGGUGGCGAGUAGUUUCAAUGGAUCCACCAACUGCCAUGUUCGCAUACAGACUGGGAGCGAAGAAGAAGAACUGCUGCAGGCCAUUGAUGGUGUGCGCGCAGUUGUUUUCACAAAGCAUGUGAUGGCAAAUCAAGCUAAAACGUAUUCUACGGGAGAGGCUGCUUUGACACCAUAUGAGCUUGCUGCAAUCUUGAGGGCGCAACCUCCAGGCACCUUAGUUGUUGUUGCAGUGGCUGAUGAUUCGGGGUUCGCAUUUCGAGAUGAGAAGUUUCUGGAGGCUCUUGAAUACCUGGGAGCUCUUGAUGCACGCUCCUUCCAAGAUGGCAGUUCAUAUGCUUUGGUGGGACUGGCCGGCGCUUCUGCUUUAGCAGAAGAUCUUCGUUUGGAUGGUUCAGACAUAGACCAAGAAAUCCACGUGCCUAGUCCACUGGUUCAGAGUGAUGUCAAUGACACCGGCUCGGCCGACUUGGGAACGGUUUUGCAAGGUGCUGCAGCGGACUACCGUGUUUGCUGGGAUUUUCAAGGUGGAGAUUGGGAGGCAGGCAGCACUGGCAUUGCAUGGCUGGUGAUUCUUGCAUACUGCAAGUGA